AUGAUGCAUCGUAAUCAGGCUCUCGUGCGCUACAUAUGGCUGUCUUUGGAACUCGAAACAUACAAUUGCGAUGACUGUGGCAUUGAUAAGAUCUGGGAGGUCAGUGAUGGCGAUUGUCUCCUAGUCACCACAACAUUCAUGGCACUGUUUACGAUUCUCAGUGCAUGGAAACCAAGCGGCGGCUUGGUGCUCGAUAUCAGUGUCUUUUCUCCUUCUGAUGCAAGGCACUGGUUCAAAUAUCUGACCUUUAUGCCUGAUACUGCCUCUGGCGCGUCCCCUGACGAGUGCCGCCCUCGUCGAAGCCCAGAUCAUUUUCUGUUGCCCAGAUGUGAGAUUUUCGGCGAAGAGACAUUCGAUAACGAUGAACAAGAAGAACAGUGGUGGCAGCAACUGCCAGCAGUUCCGGCAGUCACAGCCGUACUGCUGCGCCAACAAACCCGCCGACGAUGGAAGCCGACAACCCUGAAAUAUAUGUUUUCCCGGCUCCCUGGGCUUGAGGGUAUUCACUACGAGCCUUGGAUAGAACCGUUUGAUCACCAACAGGGGGUGACAGAUGGAUAUUCCGUAUCCCUUUUAGAAUCGCUCGCUUCUCAACCACUGCGGAAGCUUGUGCUAUUCGAGAACUUCAAUCCGCUGUAUCUUCCUGAUUUCGGAGACUAUAGCCCUGCUCGAGUCUCGACUCUCCAAGUCAGCCGCGCAGUCGCCAAGGCCAGUCUUGAGCUUGAGCACCUCUCAGCGUCGUUCAUGGUGGAUGCCGGCCAUUUCUUCCAAGCUUGCGAGCCUUCCUGGACGUGGCCCAACCUGACUUGGCUUGCCAUGACUUCAAGCCUACUUGGACCCGAUGCGAGCCCGGUUGCGACGGACGACAUGCUCAUCGCAGCAUCGGCGGCCGCCAUCAAAAUGCCAAAGCUUCAAGUGAUGGAGAUUUGGAACGGCCAGGAGGGACUGGCGGUGCUUUUCAGAUAUCAGAGGGCCAAGGAAAGGCGUCUUGCUACCAUCCUCCGGAAAGGCACGCGGGAGGUUGCCCUGGGGUUUGCUGUCGUCACGGCUUGGGAAGACGUCGCACGGGAGCAUGGUUGCCCCGGAUGCAAGAUUGUUACGGAGUUGGUAGAUUUUGGCCUUGUUCGGUCACAUGGCGACGCAAUCCAUCAGUUGCAGCUUUCGAACCCCGUUAUUCGGCCUGUUUCGUUGUGGCAGAUGCGGUGGGAACACAAGAUUCUGGCGGGAGCGUCCUAA